AUGUCGCUGCCUUCCCCCGCCCCGAGCCCGAACACCGACCAGGGUACUGUCCGCAACGAGGUCGAGAACCAACUGCUCAAGCUUGCGCAGGAUCUGUACGAGAUGGAGGUGUGUGCUGGAGAGGUUAACCAGGGCAUGGAGGAUAAGGUGCCCGAGUACCUUGCCAAAGUCAACCAAUCUUUCAUCAACCUCGCCAACAUGGCUCCGCAGGUGACGGACUCCGUGCCGCGACUUGUUGUCGACCUCAUCGAUCGCUACAGAAACCCGCACACGUACACGAAGACGGCGCUGUCUCGUGCUACGGGCGAGAACCAGUACGCCCUUGGACGCGUUCUUGGUCUGGAGAGCUUCAGACGGCAACUCGAGGGCGCUGUUGGCGAGGCGUUCCCCAACGUCCCGCUGCCUGAGCGGCGACACCAGCCGCUGCCCGUCGAGGGCGCGGAGCAGGAAGGCGAACAGGGCAACGGCGUCAACGGAGAGCACCAGCAGGGACAGAGCCAGAAUGGCGGCAUGGACGUCGAGCCCAAGACGGAGGCGUGA